AGGGAUAAGAAAUUAAGAGGUGUACUCGGGAAUGAAAGAAAUAGGUAUGAGGAGAAGGAUGAGGGAUAAUUGAGUGGACGAGUCGAGGAGGUGCCAAGAAUAUGAAUAAGAUGGUGGCGAUGAUGACGACGACGAGUGUAUUAAACAUCUAUGUCGGUUGGGGCAUUCUUGUGACUGUUGUUGUGUUCCUUCUACUAUUAUUACUUUGGCAGCGUCACAGAUUUUUCUCUGCUUCUUCAUCCUCAUCCUCUUCCGUUUUUCUCUCCGAUUCUAUCAAUUCAAGCUCGAGAGCCACAAAUUUUGUGACACAUGCUGAUUUGAAGUUCUUAAUGGAGAUUUUGGAUGUGAAGCUCAAUGAAAGUGAUAAAUGGGAGGAUGUUAUAGAUAAAAGAAACCAUCAUCUAUGCUACACUGCAAAAUGCUGCAAGCCUAAGAAUGGUCCCCUGAGAUAUUUGAGCAAGACUGUGUUUAAUGAUAUUUCAUCUGAGAUGCUAAGAAACUUCUACAUGGACAAUGAUUACAGAAAGCAGUGGGAUAAAACACUGGUUGAGCAUAAUCAACUGCAGCUAGACAAAUCUGAUGGUACUGAAGUUGGUCAUACAGUUAAAAAGUUCCCUCUUUUGAGGCCUAGAGAAUAUGUGCUAGCUUGGAAGUUGUGGGAGGGGAGGGAUAAAACAUUUUACUGUUUCAUGAAGGAGUGUGAACAUCCUUUGGCACUGCGGCAAAGAAAAUAUGUACGAGUUGAGUUUUUUAGAUCUGGCUGGCGAAUAAGAGAAGUACCAGGGAGAAAUGCAUGUGAAAUCACAAUGUUUCAUCAAGAAGAUGCUGGUUUAAAUAUGGAGAUGGCUAAGCUGGCUUUUCGCAAGGGCAUAUGGAGCUAUGUAUGCAGGAUGGAUAAUGCACUUAGAAGAUACUCUGUUAUAAGCUAUCAUUUAUCAAGUUCCGUUACCACUUCAGUCAAUUUAAUGCAGAAGGUACCGGCUUGCUUGGACCCUAUUAGUAUUACAAGCAAGAUAUCUCCAGCAGAUCCUGCUGUCUUCCAUGAGCAAGUCAAUGAUGAAUCUCAAGUGCGAACGAUCCCUAGAAGGCCAUCAAGAAAGUUGCUAGCCAAUAGUUUGCUGCUUCUUGGGGGUGUAAUAUGCCUCUCUCGUGGUCACUCUAGCCUAGGUGCUAAAGUUGCCAUGGCAUACAUCUUAACAAAACUUAGUAAGCGUGGUGCUAGAUCAAAGCAAAGCAAACUAAGUUGAGUGUAAAUUUGAUUUUAUUUUAGUAGAUAUUUACACAAAUUUUAAAUAGUAUAUUACGAGUGUAUUUGGCAAGAAAUAGAUAAUAAGUUAACGCAAAGGUAAAAAAUUUUGGUUGAAUAAUCUGUUGUGUAUUUGGGUUCACAUUUGAAUAAUCAUAGAUCCGCGUUUAUUUUAACUUUUUCAAUUGUAACUUUUGUGUAAAACUUACGCAUACAUGUUAUAAAAUAUAGACUUAUUAGUG